AUGAAAUAUUCAUUUAUUCAAUUGAAUAAUUUACCUGACGAAAUUCUUCUAAUUAUUCUGAAAAAUUUGCACAAUGUCGAAGUACUUGAUUCUUUAAUUGGUGUUAAUAAACGACUCAAUACAAUUGCAUAUGAUUCAAUUUUUACAAAUCAUUUAACAUUAUAUUUCAUGGAUAAACGUAUCUCUUCAUUACCUGAUCCAAUGCUUGAUCGAUUUUGUUUACAAAUUUUACCUGAAAUUCAUCAUAAAAUCAAAUGGCUUAAUCUUGAAUCAACAUCUAUGGAACGUAUUCUUCUUGCUAUAAAUUAUCCUAACCUACAUGGACUUGGUUUAUAUGGUAUUGAUGUAGAAAAAGCUAUAUCUCUUUUUAAUGAUGAUAUUGUAUUUACUCGUUUAAACAAAAGACAAAUAUCAUCACUUGUUAUUGAUAUUAGUAAAGAUGAAAAACAUAUUUCAAUUUUAAAAAAAGAUGUCAAUAAGAUUAUAUUCACACAAAUCUUUACUAUGUUCAACAAUUUACAAUAUUCAACUUUCGGUCCAUCUUCAAUGUGGCAUCAACAAUUUUCAUUUGACAUGCCAUCUCCAAGUGUUAUUUCUUCUAAUUUGUUAGAAUUGCGUAUUCGUGUAACUUAUUUCACUGAUUUGUUUUAUUUACUUGAUGGACGUUUUAAUCAACUUCAUAUAUUUCAUGUUAAUAUUAUGAGCAUUGAACGUACCAGUUCAACAAUUCAUACAGGGGAAAAAUUACCUAAUCUAAGAUGUUUUUCGUUAUAUUCUGAUACGGAUAUAUAUCGCUAUGAUGAAUUAAUUGUACCACUUCUACAUCGAAUGUUGAAUUUAGAAAAACUUGAUUUACAACUUGUGGUGUAUCGUAAUAAAGGAUUCAUUAAUGGAAACGAUUUCAAAGAAGAUAUUAUCAAUCAUAUGCCAAGAUUAAAUAAAUUUACAUUUAAUAUUCGUUUAUUUAAUCGUUGUCCUGAUCAAAUUAAUAUACCUUCAAAUGAAAAUAUUCAAUAUACAUUCAAAGAUUUUAAAGAUAAUCAAAUUAUUUCUUGUGUUGAUUAUUUUCAAGAAAAACAAUAUAGUUAUUGUCAUAUUUAUUCAUAUCCAUAUCGAAUGAAUUAUUAUGAUAAUAUUUCAAAUAAUUUUCCAGGUGGAUUAUUUAAAAAUGUUCAUACAGUAUCGUUAUUUGAUGAACGUCCAUUUGAAUAUGAAUUUUUUCUUCAGAUUGCUCAAUCAUUUCCAUUUAUGAAGAAAUUAAAUGUAAAUAAUAAAAAACCGCAGAAGAAUAAAUUAUAUAGAAAAUCGAAGAACGACAAUCAAAAUUUAUCAAUCAUUAAAUAUCCGCAUCUUACUCGACUUAGUCUUGUUCAAGCUCAUGAUGAUUAUGUGGAACAAUUUCUACUUCAUACAGAAGUGUUUUUGCCGAAUACUGUUCAUCUUAUUGUCCUUUAUGAAGUAAUGAAAAAGAUUACAGAAAAUUUCACAAGACAUGCAACACGAAUCAAUUGCGCAAAACUGGCUUCUUUAGAUCUAAUUGAUAGAUAUAAAUGUAUUAAACCUGUAAAAGACUAUUUUCCUCAGAUAAAUGAACGUUAA